ACAAAUUUAAAAUUUAACAUCCAAACAAAAUUCAUACAAGUGCAAAAAUUAAUGUUUAAUUAACUUGGAAUGGUUAAAGAAAGGUGUGCAAGUUUGAAAUGUUUUUCUAUCAAGAGUCCGUACAUAAAACAUAUUGAAGCAAAAGAUGUCUUCGGCUAACGAGCACUUUCCACCGCCGCCACCUCUGAAGCCUCGAAUGUCACCUCUGGAUUUCCGAAAUACAGAUUUGGUUUCAAGACUUUUAGCGGCCACGCCUCCCUACCUCUACAACAUGUCCCUGUUGCCAAACACAUUUUUCUUCAGUGAAAUGCUCCGGUCGUUCGUUCAAGCCAAAGCGGAACAUAACAGAGCGCCUGUUCCUGGCGUUCAUCGGAGGUCCAGAAAGAGAACUUGGACAUCAACGAGGGCAGACCUAUUUCAAAAACCAGAAACUUCUCCAAAACAAGCCGAAAAACCUGAGCCACCAAACGACUGGAUGUUAAAGAGCAACAACGCAGAGAAAAAGGAAGAAAUACCUCUGGAACUAACGAUGAACAAAUACGAAACAAACAGGGAACCGGAACCGAGGGAAAAUAAGUCUAUGUUAUACCCUAAAUUAGAUACUUUUAGUGGUAAGCCAGAGCUACCCCUACCAGAGAACAUGUUUCCCCUGCAUCCGAUUGCAAAUCAAGACAGUAAUCCUUCAUCAAAUCUGGUAUUACCUCCACCACCUCCCAUGUGGUAUCCGCCACUGUAUCCAGCACCACCUUAUGGCAUUGAUCCCCUUCACUUUUUUAUUGAUUUACGAGUGUCAGGACACAUUUAUGACAGAAAGAAUCAAAAGGACUCUCCUAACAGUCCAUCUUCCACCAUUGUCAGUCCUUUGUCCAAGGAAAAGACACAGCAGGAUGUGCCCGAGGCAAAAGUUGAAGACAGGAAAUCGCCGAAAGAUUUUUUCCGACAGUCAAGACAUGCAUCCGCUUUUUCUGUUCCAUCAUCCUCCAAGGGCUCACCGAUUAAUUUGUCACAUCCCAAUCCACCGAGUGAGAAGCAGCAAACCAAAUUUGACGUUAAAUCUAUGGGGUUUGAUAAGAACAGCAAUAAAACCAGCACUAAUUAUAUAAUGAACAAUAUCAAGAGCAUAUACGGCAACGUUUAUGCUUCCAAACAUGACAACGUGACAUACGAUGAAACCGUUGUGAAGCAUGACAUCAAAUCUCCAUCCGCUUCGGAUGAGGACAGCAAUGACAGACAUAAAAAGAAUAAAGACUUGAAAAGCAUUUUUGGAUUAGAUUUCGUUGUUGAUUACAUGAAUAAUACAAAAUCGGUGCACAACUCAUCUUCGGCUGAAUCAGUAAAUUCAACGGAUUUUGAAUCAAUCGGGAGCCCUGCGUUGGAAGUGGUGGCAGUAAAUGACGAAUCUUAAGGCACUGUGUUUGUUUCGAUGUAAAUACGAAUCAAUUUUGCAGUUUAAAUUGUAGAAUUAGAUGUUUAGUGUGAUAUAUUCAAUGUUAAAUCUAGUCAAAUAAAUUAUUAACAAUA